AUGAGAAAUUUAUUAAAGAAGGCUGAUCUGCUUGUAACUCCUUAUGAAUUCAACGUCAAUUAGAGACAAAAGUCGUUAACAGUAAUUGGUAUAUGGAUUUUGUUAUUCAAGGUGGAGUGCUAACAAUAUUAGUUGGAAUAUUUAGUAUAUUUUACAUAAUCGGAGUCAUUUAUAAAGCAAUUUCAGAUCAAGAAACUGUCUAUGUUGGUACAAAAAAUACAAUUCUAAAUUAAACAUAUAUAAAUAGCAACAACACAAUAUUUGCAUUUGAGAUUUCUGAUUAAAAUGGAAAUAUUUUUGAAAACAUAUCAGAAAUUUAAUAGUAUAUAAAAUUAAUAAUAGAUAUAUCUCAAUAAGUCUUUAGUAUGUUGAAUAAAAGAGGGAUGCUUAAAAAGUUGGAUUCGAAAAAAACUCAACUAAUUUAUUAUUGAAAAAAUGCCAAACUACCACUGUUAACUAAUUUAACUUUGAUGUAAUUUCAAUUUCUAAUUACUAAAAACAAAAUCUUUAUUGUGCAGAUGGUGAAUAUUAUAUCAAAGGAUAAUAUUUUGAUGCCUUCUUUUCUUACUUAAAGAUUUAAAUUAAGGUAUGCAAAAAUAUGACUAAUAUCAAUUGCAAACCCUUAGAAGAAAUCUAAUCAUUCAUAAAAAGCGGGUACUUAAUAGAUUAUUUAAUUUAGACUUAAUGUUGAUUUAUUUAUAAGAGGAUCAAGACUUCAACAAUAAUUUAAUCUUUCUUCUCCCUUAGAAACCUACCCAAUUAAUAUCUUUUGGAAAUUCGUAAUUGGAAUGUCAAAUAACGAAGAUAUUUUUAUUAUGCCAUUCUCAAUGGUCUUAAGUAACGUAUAUAUCAAUGAUAAGAAAGUAACUCAAUAUUUUAUGACUUUUUGAGUCUUAAAUUGGAAGAACUAUUAUUUUAAACUACUACCUUUGAUAAAUAAGAGAGAAGAUUGGAACCUACAGAAUUUACAGAGGGAUCAAAUUUGUGCUCUUUUUACAUAAGAUCAUCACCCAAUAGAUAAUACUACUUCAUUUCUAAAUCGGACCUCUUUUCUAUAUUUAGUGCCUCAUUAUCUUAAGCCACAGCCUUAGCAGUAGCCAUAAUGAGUUUCUUAAAGAUUUUUUAUCGUAGCUAUAAUUAACACAAAACCUUCGCUGUUCUUAUGAACUCAGUGUUUAAAUUUGACUUAGAAAGUGUUCAGAAAAAGAGAUAAUCCUCGAUACAUUAUCAUGAUUAAACAAAAACAAUAUUCUAAUAAUAAAGACCAACCAAUAUAAGUCAAACAGGAUAAUUAUAGCAAGUAUGACAAUUAGAUAAUAUAAUUUAGAUUUUGAAUUUUGAAAUAGCCUAUUCUUUUAUUUAAUAUAUAAAAUAUUUGGUUUACAAAUUGUUUAGGUCAAUUUAAGGUGAAAAAUCUUUUAAGACUGAAAAAGAAAUUAUUAUCUCUUAGAUAGCAAAAUCAAAGAUAUAAUAUGAUUUAGAUCUCACUAAUAUCCUUAAAAAGCUUUAUGAAAUAGACUGCUUGAAGUUAUUCUUUUUUGAUGAUGAUCAAUUAGUCUUAUUCAACACAUUUUGUUCUCCUGUGUUUCAAGAUUAAAUGAUCAAUUAAAAAGAUUUGUUUGAUAUCUUAACAAACCAAUAAUAGCAAUAAAAAUUGUUAUCUAAUUCUUAAUAAACAGAAAAAGAUAAAAGAUUAGAUUUAACAUUUGUUGCUAGUUCUGAGAGUAACCCAUAUUAUACACAAUUAUUAGUACCAAUAAAUGUUCGUUUAGCAAAGGUGGCUCGAUUUUUCAAAGCUUAAUUAGGGGCUUCAAAUGCCGAAGGGUUGGUUCGAACAUUUUAAAGAAUCAAUGAGAAUUAAAACCAAAAUUUUAUAUUGAAUUAAAAAUUGCUAAGCUUUGCCAAAUAAAAUUCGAGUUUGUUUCGUUUGGUUUAGAGUUAAUAUGAGAGCAUUUAAUAACAAUAAGCUAUGCAUAAUGUUCCUAACGAAAUUGACAGUUCCGAUAACAAAAACUCAGUGGAUAAAGAUUCUGUUUGGAGCAUGGAAGUUCAGAGUUAUUAAAUAGAGAGUGAAAAACGACAACAAGGGUCGCCAAUAAUAAAUUAGUAAUAAGUAUGA